UGUUGUCUGAUUUGUUUGUUUGUACCUACUGCAGCUUAGAUUUUAAAGUUGAUAUAAGUACUAAAUUGAGUUUUCGCUCGGCAAGGAUUGCAUUACCAUUAACCGGGGAUGGCCGCCAUAAUUCGGUUUUUUAGCAAAAGAUUUCGACGAAACACGUCUGCUCCUACACCAAGUCAUGUUGAUGAGCCUAUAUCUGUCAACAAAAGCAAGAAAGUUAAAAAGUCGGAUAUCGAAUGUAAAGUAGCUUAUCUUGAUGGCACUGAGCAAAGCUUCUAUGUUUCAAAAAGUGCUAAAGGAUCUGAAUUGUAUGAUAUAGCGUUUGCAUAUGUUGCACUCGUAGAAGAAAAAGACUACUUUGGUUUGCAAUUUUUUAACGAUGUUCCGGUAUGUUAUUUCGAUUGGUUAUAAAACACUGUCUCAGAUGUGGCUGGAACCAACAAAGGAAAUCAAGAAACAGUAUAAAAAUAGAACGUCAAUUUCGUUUUCUCUAAAAGUCAAAUUCUUUGCAUCUGAUCCACAUAACUUACACGAUGAGUAUACACGUUAUCUUGUUGUGUUGCAACUACGUGAAGAUAUUCACAAAGGAAAAUUAGUGUGCAAUGAUUUACAACUUGCAGCCGAACUGGCGGCAUUGCUUCUCCAAGGUGAAUUCGGUGAUUAUGAUGCGAAACAACAUACACCAGUUUUUGUUUCAACAUUUCGAUUUUUACCUGAAGAAAAACAAACAGAAGAGUUUGAACUUUCAGUGUUGGAUAAGUAUAAAGCUUUAGCUGGUCGAAAUUUAACACCAGCCGCUAGUGAAUCAAUUUAUUUAGAAAAAGUCUGCUUAUUACCUGAUUAUGGAGUUGAAAUGCAUACAGUAAAGGGUAAAGAUAAUCAGUUAUACUCGCUUGGGCUUACACCAACCGGUAUUCUAGUAUAUGAAGGACAGAAUAAAAUUGGCUUAUUCUCUUGGCCAAAAAUUUUAAAGUUAGAAAUGAAAAAGAAUAAACUCAAAAUUUUAGUUGCCGAUGAAGAUGAGAAAAGUCAUAAAAUCACAGAACAUGCAUUUUGUUUUGUUUUAACGGAUAAUAAAAUGUGUAAAAUUUUGUGGAAAAGUGCCGUAGAACAUCAUGCCUUCUUUCGUCUUACUGAUCGUGUCCCAGCGGAACCAAAACAGAAACAAUUAUUUCGAUUAAGAUCACGUUUUCAUCCAUCAUUUCAUACGGAAUAUCAAUUGCAUAAUUUAAAUAUGUUUGGAAGUAGUAGUUUUCGUAAACGUAAAAAGGCCAGUCCUACUGUUGUCAGUAGUGCUCCAUCGUCACCGAACCCACCAAAACCAUCUUCUCCGGUACCAGGCAAAUCAAGUGUACAACCGAUUUGUGGUAGUAAAGGUACUACGUCAAGUUUUCGUCGUGUACCAAGUAAACGUUUUACUUCAAGACCAAGUUUUGCUAAACGUGAAACUAUUGAAGAUAAACGUGAUAGACGUGAAAGACUGCUCCAAUCUAAAGAACAAACAAGAAAAGACUUUUUCAAUGAAAUGAAUAAAACAAAUAAUAGUCCUGAUUUGUCUCAUUCAAAUAAAUCUACUCAUCAUACUAUGAAAACGCAGGCUUCAACUGUAGUUGUACAUCGUGAACGUGAAAAUCCACCGAUAUCUAAAUUACCUCCUACAAAACCUUCACCUAUGCUUAAACCAAAUGCAAUUCCAAAUUCUGGUCAAUAUGGAUCGUUGAAUGCACCGAGUAAACCGCCAAGAAAGCUUGAAAUGAAAAAUAGUAUUUCCUAUAAAAAUAAUAAUACAGCAAACAGUAGUAAUUUCGGAAUUUCAACUGGAUCGAAACAAUGUUUUGAACAUACCGUAUGAUUUUAUCUGACUGACUUAUUCACAAGACAUAUUCACAUAACCCGUCAACUCAGUCAACCAACCAUAUACACGUAGAAUAGAGUCAUUAUGCAACACAAAUUAUCGAUUUGACUUGAAAUAUAUAUAUAUAUAUAUAU